UGUAAAGAUGGGGACUACAAAACUUCUAUGUGCUUACCUUUUCCUUCUUUUAUGCCUAAUGAACACUCAAGAUGUUGGUGUGGCACAAGCAGAAGAAUGUAUGGAAAUACAACAAGCAACAGAUGUUCAAGAACAGAUGCCUUCAGAGGAUGGUCAAGAACAGAAAGCUCCAGAAGUACCAGAUGAGUCAAAAGCAACAGGAGAUGGUCAAGAACAGAUAGCUCCAGAAGUACCAGAUGAGUCAAAAGCAACAGGAGAUGGUCAAGAACAGAUAGCUCCAGAAGUACCAGAUGAGUCAAAAGCAACAGGAGAUGGUCAAGAACAGAUAGCUCCAGAAGUACCAGAUGAAUCAAAAGCAACAGGAGAUUUUCAAGAACAGAUAUCUCCAGAAGGAGAUCAUCAUGACUCAGAUGGUCAAGAACAGAUAGCUCCAGGGGUACCAGAUGAGUCAAAAGCAACAGGAGAUGGUCAAGAACAGAUAGCUCCAGAAGUACCAGAUGAGUCAAAAGCAACAGGAGAUGGUCAAGAACAGAUAGCUCCAGAAGUACCAGAUGAAUCAAAAGCAACAGGAGAUGGUCAAGAACAGAUAGCUCCAGGGGUACCAGAUGAGUCAAAAGCAACAGGAGAUGGUCAAGAACAGAUAGCUCCAGAAGUACCAGAUGAGUCAAAAGCAACAGGAGAUGGUCAAGAACAGAUAGCUCCAGAAGUACCAGAUGAAUCAAAAGCAACAGGAGAUUUUCAAGAACAGAUAUCUCCAGAAGGAGAUCAUCAUGACUCAGAUGGUCAAGAACAGAUAGCUCCAGAAGUACCAGAUGAAUCAAAAGCAACAGGAGAUGGUCAAGAACAGAUAGCUCCAGAAGUACCAGAUGAGUCAAAAGCAACAGUAGAUGGUCAAGAACAGAUAGCUCCAGAAGUACCAGAUGAAUCAAAAGCAACAGGAGAUUUUCAAGAACAGAUAUCUCCAGAAGGAGAUCAUCAUGACUCAGAUGGUCAAGAACAGAUAGCUCCAGAAGUACCAGAUCAAUCAAAAGCAACAGGAGAUGGUCAAGAACAGAUAGCUCCAGAAGUACCAGAUGAAUCAAAAGCAACAGGAGAUGGUCAAGAACAGAUAGCUCCAGAAGUACCAGAUGAGUCAAAAGCAACAGUAGAUGGUCAAGAACAGAUAGCUCCAGAAGUACCAGAUGAAUCAAAAGCAACAGGAGAUUUUCAAGAACAGAUAUCUCCAGAAUUAGAUCAUCAUGACUCAGAUGGUCAAGAACAGAUAGCUCCAGAAGUACCAGAUGAGUCAAAAGCAACAGGAGAUGGUCAAGAACAGAUAGCUCCAGAAGUACCAGAUCAAUCAAAAGCAACAGGAGAUUUUCAAGAACAGAUAUCUCCAGAAGGAGAUCAUCAUGACUCAGAUGGUCAAGAACAGAUAGCUCCAGAAGUACCAGAUCAAUCAAAAGCAACAGGAGAUGGUCAAGAACAGAUAGCUCCAGAAGUACCAGAUGAAUCAAAAGCAACAGGAGAUGGUCAAGAACAGAUAGCUCCAGGGGUACCAGAUGAGUCAAAAGCAACAGGAGAUGGUCAAGAACAGAUAGCUCCAGAAGUACCAGAUCAAUCAAAAGCAACAGGAGAUUUUCAAGAACAGAUAUCUCCAGAAGGAGAUCAUCAUGACUCAGAUGGUCAAGAACAGAUAGCUCCAGAAGUACCAUAUGAGUCAAAAGCAGCAGGAGAUGGUCAAGAACAGAUAGCUCCAGAAGUACCAGAUGAAUCAAAAGCAACAGGAGAUUUUCAAGAACAGAUAUCUCCAGAAGGAGAUCAUCAUGACUCAGAUGGUCAAGAACAGAUAGCUCCAGAAGUACCAGAUGAAUCAAAAGCAACAGGAGAUGGUCAAGAACAGAUAGCUCCAGGGGUACCAGAUGAGUCAAAAGCAACAGGAGAUGGUCAAGAACAGAUAGCUCCAGAAGUACCAGAUGAGUCAAAAGCAACAGGAGAUUUCCAAGAACAGAUAUCUCCAGAAGGAGAUCAUCAUGACUCAGAUGGUCAAGAACAGAUAGCUCCAGAAGUACCAGAUGAAUCAAAAGCAACAGGAGAUGGUCAAGAACAGAUAGCUCCAGAAGUACCAGAUGAGUCAAAAGCAACAGGAGUACCAGAUGAGUCAAAAGCAACAGGAGAUGGUCAAGAACAGAUAGCUCCAGGGGAUGCUCAAGAACAGAUAUCCCCAGAAGAUGAGCAACAACAGUCAACAUCAAAACAAGAUGAACAAGAACAGUCAUCAUCAAAACAAGAGAAAAAACAAGACAGUCAACCUGCGAGACUGAAAGGACUGAAGUCACUGAAUCAUAAGCACAAGCAUCUUUCAAGAGGCGCAGUUUUGAUUUGACCAGUUGUGGUUUUCCAUGAGGUUCUUCCAACAUAAUAAUGUCGUCAGUGCAAAGAUGCUUAAAAGGCAGCUGGAUACAAACAUGUUUUCAGUAGAUUACUUAUCUUUAGUAACAUUUGGAUAGUAAAAUAAUGUUGUUUUGUGUAAGUGCUUAAACGCCAAUAAAAUACAUUUUGGAUAAA